UUGUGCGCACACAUUUAACGGAUUAACACAGUCAAUUUGCCUGCGGUUGUGGCUAAAAGACUUUAGGCAAAAAAAAAAAACGGGCAGUUUCAAUUCGUGUUAACGUCAUGAGAUUGCUACGUGUGGCAUGCAACGCUGCACUGCUGGCGCUGCUGACCUGUGCUGUCAUUGCGGAGGACUUUGGCUAUGGCGGUCGAGAAGGACCCGCGCACUGGGGUGAAAGCUUCAAGCGCUGCAGCGGCAAGCAUCAAAGUCCCAUUAACAUUGACGCCUUGCAAGUCGUGCCACGCAGGUUUCGAGAAUUCCAAAUCCAUGGCUUGGAGCGAGUGCCGCGUGACAUUAAGCUUACCAACAAUGGCCACACUGUGCUGGUUAACAUGUACUACAACGAUAAUAUGGAGCCGCAUAUGUCGAAUGGACCCUUGAGAAGCGAUGCGGUGCAUGUCUUUGAGCAAUUUCACUUUCAUUGGGGCAUUAACGAUUCCAUGGGUAGUGAGGAUACCAUCAACAAUCGUGCCUAUCCAGCGGAGCUGCAUGUUGUUAUACGCAGCAUGGAAUAUACAAACUUUUCACAGGCUUUAGGUCAGGAUCAUGGCAUUGCAGUGUUUGCAUUUUUCUUUAAGAUAACGCAAGCGGACAAUCCCAAUUAUGUGGAGUUUACGAAGAAAUUGCAGUUCAUCAAAAGGAAAGGAGAAUCUGUGGACUUAGAUACACCCAUAAGCUUGGGUAGCUUUAUAUCUACUGAUGUGCAGCAUUAUUACAGCUAUGUCGGCUCAUUGACCACGCCACCCUGCUCCGAGGCCGUAGUGUGGGUGGACUUUGAGAAGCCCAUAGAAAUAUCAGAGUUUCAGUUACAAUUCUUUCGCCAGCUGACGGCUAGUGAUGAACAUUUGCGUAAUAACUUUCGCCCCACUCAGCCGUUAAACAAUCGUACAGUUUUUCGAAAUAUUCCACCCGAGCCGCCGAAACCAAAUGAGAGCGAGAAUGCAGCUGGCCAGAUUGCCCGCCUAGGCAUUGGCGGCCUAUUAGGGCUCAGUUUGCUGACUGCUCUAGAGCUCAAGGGCAGGUUUUUAGUGGCCUUUAAUUAGAAGCUCUGCCAGUGAAAGAGUUCAUGGCCCAAAGCUGUGUAUGUGUGUGUGUGUUUGCUAAAUGCAUGCUCAAAAUUUUAAUUAAGCGUUGUAAUUUAGCUAAACCAUAAAGCAGGCGCGCUGGCUUUUGUUUGGCGUGCGAAGCGUAGAGAGUGGAAAGUACGACAAAUUGAGCACUUGACACCAUAAUUUAAGCACACAAAGGGCUAGCAUAUCGAUUUAUUACAAAAGUUAUCUAACUAUUGUUAUUCGAAUUUUCAGCAAGCUACGAUAAGCAUAAUUGUUGCUUUUAACUUAUAAUUUUAGCUUAACCUUUUCCCAAAAUUUAAAUAAAUA